UUCCCUUGAAACGAUGAGCUUUACUUGCUUAGGCAAAGAAGUUGGGUGUCUUUGUAGUGCUUCAUGGCUCAAACUAGCCCGCCUCUGCAGGUCCUUUUGCUUCCUCUUUUCUCGGUAUUACCGCUCCCUGCUCCUCCUAGUCAACUCCUUUUGUAUCCAAGUUCUUUACUUCGUCUUCCUCUCGCUCCUUGGCUUCUGGGUCCUCAAGGCAUUGAAGCCACGGACCAGUUCGUUUAGUCCUAGGGACUUGGAUCUGUUCUUCACCGCUGUCUCCUCAGCUACCGUCUCAAGCAUGUCCACGGUGGAGAUGGAGGUCUUCUCCAACGCCCAGCUUGUCGUGAUGACCGUCCUGAUGUUCGUCGGAGGGGAGGUAUUCACUUCCCUCAUCGGGCUUCACUUUAGGAUGUCGAAACUCCGGUGGCUCAUCAAAACAGAAGAAAAAGUCACCUCCGUCGAUACCAAUCUCUGCCCUUCGAAACCGACAAACGUUAUUGUUGACCACAUCGAAUUAGGUGCAGUAGCGGAUUCAGAUUCCCGGAAACCACAAGUGGAGCCUCAGUUGUACGGGCCGCAAGACGAGUCCAUAGAACUCGACUAUCUGAAAUGUCGUUCGGUUAAGUUUUUGUGUUUUGUGGUGUUAGGUUACCUUCUGGGAGUCCAUGUUCUCGGUGUUGCCGCAGUUUCGCUCUAUAUGACACUCGUUUCCAGCGCGAGAGACGUGUUGAAGAAGAAGGGGCUCAAAAUGAUGACGUUCUCAGUCUUCACCACCGUGUCGACCUUCACCAAUUGCGGGUUCGUCCCGACGAACGAAAACAUGAUCGUCUUCAGCAAAAACUCCGGCCUCCUCCUUAUCCUCAUCCCUCAGGUCCUGCUCGGGAACACACUGUUCCCGCCGGCCUUACGGCUCACGCUUUGGCUCAUGGGGAGAUUUAGCAGGAGAGCAGAGAUCGAGGGCCUGUUGAGCAGCACAGGUGAAGUUGGUUACAAGCACUUGCUUCCGAGCCUCCACUCGUCGCUACUGGUGGUAACGGUGUUGGGGUUUAUUGGUGUUCAGUUCAUAAUGUUUUGCUCGAUGCAGCGGGACUCGGAAUCGUUAAGUGGACUGAGCUCGUACGAGAAAAUCGUGGGCGUGCUGUUUCAGUGCGUGAACACCAGAUAUGCGGGCGAGACGAUCGUCGAUCUGUCCAAAGUUGCUCCUGCCGUCUUGGUGUUAUUCGUCGUCAUGAUGUACCUUCCGCCGUAUACGACCUUCUUCCCGGCGAGAGGCGGUGAGGGGCUCCCGGGAAACGGGGAAAGAGGAAAGCCGAAAAGGAGUUAUGAAAUCUUGUUGGAGAAUCUCAUAUUCUCACAGCUCUCCUACUUGGCCAUCUUCAUCAUCAUGGUUUGCAUGGCCGAGACGAAAAAGAUGAAGGAAGAUCCCAUCAACUUUAACGUGUUGAACAUCGUGGUCGAAGUGAUAAGCGCAUACGGAAAUGUAGGGUUCACGACAGGUUACAGCUGCGAACGACAACUAAGGCGUGUCGAAGGCUGCGAGGACAAGUGGUACGGAUUCUCUGGGAAGUGGAGCGAUGAGGGAAAAAUCAUCCUCAUCAUCGUCAUGAUUUUCGGAAGAUUAAAGAAGUCCAACGUGAAAGGUGGCCGAGCUUGGGUUCUCUUGUGAGAGAGACAAAAGGAACUCUUCACGCCCUACCUCCGGGCAAGCAAAUGGUGAACAUCACUAGGU